AGGAAGAGAAGAAGAUGCUAUUCAUGAAUCUAGCUGGGUUAGACCUGAGACGGAUGGUGAAAGGGUUGGUCGUUCCGGCACCGCCCAAUCAGGAGAAUGGCAAUCCCGGCGAUUCGUAUCGGGCUUUGCAGAUGCAGUGCUCGCUCAUUUUCGCCCGAUAGUCAACACGACGUCUGAAAGGUUCAAUUUCCGACAGCUCAGACAAUUGGAACACGAGUCCAUCACCGCCUUUGUAGGCCGUCUACGAUCUAAGGUAGAGCUUUGUGAGUUCGUGUCUGAUAAAGUAGAUACUGUUGUCAAUGGACAGGUGAGGGAUCAGUUAAUUGUUGGGUUGCGGGCAGCAGAAAUUCGCAAGGAGUUGUUGAAAGUUUCCAAUCUUACUUUAAGUGAUGCUAUGACUAAGGCAGUGGCGUUAGAGGCUUCUAUAGCAGACAGUGCGUUAUAUGACAGCAGCAGCUGUGAACCUCUGGCAAUGAUGCCCAUUGUGGUGAACAAAAUCUUUCAAUCCAGCAAUGGCAAGACUCCCACAUGCAGGUACUGUGGGCGAACACACAGUCGAGGCAAACAGCAUUGCCCAGCUGCAGAGGCACAGUGCUCAUAUUGUCACAGAACAGGACAUUUUGCAGCAGUCUGUUUACAAAAAAAGAAACGGCCAGUAGCUCGGUCCGUAGAGGAACAGACGCCAGUUCUAUGGAGGGGAGAUGAGUUGAAUGUAGUCUAUGAUACUGCCUAUACCGUUCAACCUACUGUAUAUUCUAGGGUCUUUACAGUGACACUCAUGGUCAAUGGCAAGAAAUGUCAAGGCUUAUUGGAAACAGGAGCAACACGCACCCUUCUCACUGAGGAUAUGGUUUCUGACACAAGAUCCAGCUCCAACACUCUUAAGGCAUAUGGUGGUAAAAGCAAGAUUGAAACAUUGGGUGUAGCUGAUGUUACAAUAUUAGCAGGAGACAAAUCUUGCAACUGCACAUGCUUUGUGGUGCCAGUUGGAAGCAAGGUACUGUUUGGCUAGCCUUGCAAGCCAGGCUCUACCGCGCAGUCGCUGAGCUAAACGCACGGACGUGUCACGAGGAGGAGGAGCAGCGCGAGAAGAGCCUGGUCGCUUUCGAGAAAGUCAUAGUGACGUGCGACCCUGGAUCCGGUUUCAUAUCUUGGAUAAGGCUAAUUCGAUUAGGUAAGCAUGAUGGUAUGAAAGUUGAGAACACGCGACAUCGCUUCACGCACUUGCUUAUUUUGCGCGAAGUACGUAGUUGACAUCAUCGGUCGCUACAGCCAUGUAAUAUUUUGCAGUGUCACGACUCCUUUUCAGCUUUCAGUUUCGCCAACAGCACACCGCCGAAUUUAGAUCUGCAGCGCGGCAGUUUGAGAAAUGAACUCAUUGUACGCGGUUAGUGUAUAUGUAGCAGUCAGAGUCCGUGCAUUGAAACAAGUCGUACGUAGUACACAACACCUGCAACUACGAGUCAACUCUAUACUUCCUGAACAUGGUAGGUCCACUGCACUUCUGUUUUCCCAUGCCUAUAUGUUUCCAGUUCACCGCGAGGAGAGCCAAUAUCGUACAAAAGAGCUGCUUGCUGAGUCGAAAGUACCGUCAGAUAGACUGCGUUAGCAAUACAUGCCAAUCUAAUCAUGACGUGGACUCCGUCAGGAGAGGUCAACAAGCUGUAUGCACUGCUUUGAUGAACCGUUGAGCGAAACAGGGCCGGCAGUUCUCACACCAUUUCCCCCACAGAGUAUAGAUGUCAGAGUAGACGUGCAAGAGUGGUGAACACUUCUACGUCGGUUUCAAUUCGCGCAAACCUGCAGAUGAGUUCAGUAGAAAGAAACGUUGCUGGAGAGCGUAGGUUCAGCGGACCAGUUCCAUGUAGGCCAUUCCUGGGCUCAUUAUUCACCAGCAUUUUGUCUAUCAACAGCUUUACUGGCUUUCGUGUUCAAGCGCUCUCCGCGGAGGGCUACCCCUCCGCUUCAG